UUUUAUCAAUUUAUUUUUGCGGAAAAGACAAAUCCAGAUUGAGUUUUCAUACUAAGUAUCCAACAACUAUUUUGAUAUCUGCUUUAUAAGGGAGCAUACGUUUUCAACUUAAAGAAAAAAAAACAUGGAGAUAAAACAGCAAGGUUUUUCACAAAUCUUCUGUUGGAGGAAAUUACCGUAAUUUGAUAUUACAGCAUAAAAUCUACCUGACACUCGUGCGUGUGUCCAGUGUGAUCAAAUAAUCGUAACCUGACAUGAUUGAAGGAUAAUAUAGUUCUUGUGUUAAUCUUUUCGCUUUUUGAUUAUUAUCAAAAGGUAGUGUAAAAAAGAACAAAGUCAUGUGAAAUCUUUGAGAUGAUCCCCCUCAGAAAUGGACGAACAAAGAAUGAAAGAAGAAGAGAAACAAAGACAAAUAGAAGAAGAAAAAAAGAAAGUUUUUAGAAUUUCAAAGAAACCUCGUCCUCCAGAAGAAAUCACAGAGCAAACAGAUAAAAGUGCAAAAUUAUCUGCACAGGAAAAACUUGAGAGAGCUAAAAAACUAGCUGCAAGUUUUGGAAAAGCUAAAACUGUUGUAUUCUCAUCAAAGUUUGAUUCAAAUAAAAGUUCAGCAGUAAGUGACAAAAGUUCCUCAGAACAUAAACACGAUAAACCUUCUCAUUCAGAGCAGAAGAGAAAAUCUGGAAAUGACAAACAUUCAAAUGACAAAGAUGUUUCUAGACAGACAGUCAAGAAACCAUCAAAUGAUAAACAUUCAAAUGACAAAGAUGUUCCUAAACAGUCUGACAAGAAACCAUCAUAUAAAGAUAAUUUAGAAAAAAUGUCAGACCAGGAAAAACUUGCAAUUAUCAAAAAGAUAUCAGGGAGUCUUGGGCGUGUAGGUGAUAAAAUAUCGGAUACAGAAAAACUUGACAAAAUUAGGAAGAUUUCAGAAACAAUUGGAAAGGGGUCAUCAAGUAAUAGUGACAAGAAUGAAAAACCAAACGGAUAUCCGAAGUAUUCUCCUCUAUCCAGUAAAAUAGACCGAGAUAAAAUGACAGGAAAUUUUGAAAGUCUUCAGAAAAUAAAAAAAAAAUUCAAGGAAGCUGAGGAAAGAGUGAAUGGAAAAACUAUCACAAUGCUUGGGAAAACUGAUGAAGGAAUUAAAAGAGAAGUUAUAUUUGACAGAACACAUGCUGAAACAAUGAGAUAUGCAUUGCAAGAAAAAGCAGCACAAAUAAGGGCCAUGAUAAACAAACCUGAAAAACCUAAACCUAGAGAAAGAAAAAAGGGUAAGAACAGAGCAUCUGAAACUGAGGCAAAGGGAAAAAAAUCUGAAACUUCUAAAAAUGAAGAUGAUGAACAAAGGAAAUAUUCUGAUUUUAAGAAAUCUUCUAGUCAUUCCAGUGAUACUAAAUACAAUUAUAAAUAUAGUGAUGAUAAAAGUUCAGACAGAUCUUCAAGGGAGGAGAAACCUGUUAAGAAGAAAAAACCUCCACCGCCUACAUCAAUGAAUUUUAAUCAUAAUAAUGAUUUGUUAAAAAUUGCUGAACAAAAAUCACAAGAACCUGUCAAAAUUGAAGUAAUUAAAAAACCCAAAAAAGAAGAGGAACGAUUUUUAACUAAAAGAGAGAUGGCAUCUCAAAGAGAAUAUCAAGAAUAUUUUAAAAAUAAGAAAAUAAGAAGAGAGGCUGAAAUUGAAGAGAAACAAACUGUGGAUGUUAAAAGAGAAAAGCAAAUCUCUAAUUCAUUAAAAAGUAAAUCCACUUCAAAUUUAGUGACAAAAUCAGCAAGUUCUUCACAAAAUACUGUAAGGAAAAAUCCUUAUCCAGAAAAAUUAGAUACUAAAUCUUCGUCGCCUGUGCCUAGUUCAUCUAAACUGUCAUCAAGUAGCAAGUUAGGUAAAUCAAUGUCAUCUUCUUCAAUUCCCUCAAAACCUUUUAUAAAACAGUUCAAACUACACUCAGCAACAAAUUCUCAACACAAUUCAGACUCAAAUCCAGCAAAGAAAAUAAAACGGGAACAUAUAGAAAAAGAAAGAAUUUCCCAAAAAGGUGAGCAUCGGAAGAAAUCAAAUGGUGCUAAAAGAAGUAGUCAUGAUGAUGUACGUGAAAAUGUGCUGGUGUGUGGACCACCAAAGAAUGAAAAACCAGUAUCUUCCAAUCCGUUUGAUAGAAUAUAUGGAGAAAUUAAGAAAAAUCAACCAACAAAGCCAGAACCCAAACCUAGAGAAAGAAAAAAGGGUAAGGACAGAGCAUCUGAAACUGAAGCAAAGGGGAAAAAAUCUGAAACUUCUAAAAAUGAAGAUGAUGAACAAAGGAAAUAUUCUGAUUUUAAGAAAUCUUCUAGUCUUUCCAGUGAUACUAAAUACAAUGAUAAAUAUAGUGAUGAUAAAAGUUCAGACAGAUCUUCAAGGGAGGAGAAACCUGUUAAGAAGAAAAAACCUCCACCACCUACAUCAAUGCAUUUUAAUCAUAAUAAUGAUUUGUUAAAAAUUGCUGAACAAAAAUCCCAAGAACCUGUCAAAAUUGAAGUAAUUAAAAAACCCAAAAAAGAAGAGGAACGAUUAUUAACUAAAAGAGAGAUGGCAUCUCAAAGUGAAUAUCAAGAAUAUUCAAAAAAUAAGAAAAUAAGAAGAGAGGCUGAAAUUGAAGAGAAACAAACUGUGGAUGUUAAAAGAGAAAAGCAAAUCUCUAAUUCAUUAAAAAGUAAAUCCACUUCAAAUUUAGUGACAAAAUCAGCAAGUUCUUCACAAAAUACUGUAAGGAAAAAUCGCUAUUCAGAAAAAUUAGCGACUAAUUCUUCGUCGCCUGUGCCUAGUUCAUCUAAACCUACAUCAAGUAACAAGUUAAAUAAAUCAAUGUCAUCUUCUUCAAUUCCCUCAAAACCUUUUACAAAACAGUUCAAACUACACUCAGCAACAAAUUCUCAACACAAUUCAGACUCAAAUCCAGCAAAGAAAAUAAAACGGGAACAUACAGAAAACGAAAGAAUUUCCCAAAAAGAUGAGCAUCGGAAGAAAUCAAAUGGUGCUAAAAGAAGUAAUUAUAAUGAUGUACGUGAAAAUGUGCUGGUGUGUGGACCACCAAAGAAUGAAAAACCAGUAUGUUCCAAUCCAUUUGAUAGAAUGUAUGGAGAAAUUAAGAAAAAUCAACCAACAAAGCCAGAACCUAAACCUAGAGAAAGAAAAAAGGGUAAGGACAGAGCAUCUGAAACUGAGGCAAAGGGAAAAAAAUCUGAAACUUCUAAAAAUGAAGAUGAUGAAGAAAGGAAAUAUUCUGAUUUUAAGAAAUCUUCUAGUCAUUCCAGUGAUACUAAAUACAAUGAUAAAUAUAGUGAUGAUAAAAGUUCAGACAGAUCUUCAAGGGAGGAGAAACCUGUUAAGAAGAAAAAACCUCCACCACCUACAUCAAUGAAUUUUAAUCAUAAUAAUGACUUGUUAAAAAUUGCUGAACAAAAAUCCCAAGAACAUAUCAAAAUUGAAGUAACUAAAAAACCCCAAAAAGGAGAGGAACGAUUAUUAACUAAAAGAGAGAUGGCAUCUCAAAGAGAAUAUCAAGAAUAUUUAAAAAAUAAGAAAAUAAGAAGAGAGGCUGAAAUUGAAGAGAGACAAACUGUGGAUGUUAAAAGAGAAAAGCAAAUCUCUAAUUCAUUAAAAAGUAAAUCCACUUCAAAUUUAGUGACAAAAUCAGCAAGUUCUUCACAAAAUACUGUAAGGAAAAAUCCUUAUUCAGAAAAAUUAGUGACUAAAUCUUCGUCGCCUGUGCCUAAUUCAUCUAAACCGUCACCAAGUAACAAGUUAGGUAAAUCAAUGUCAUCUUCUUCAAUUCCCUCAAAACCUUUUACAAAACAGUUCAAACUACACUCAGCAACAAAUUCUCAACACAAUUCAGACUCAAAUCCAGCAAAGAAAAUAAAACGGGAACAUAGAGAAGACGAAAGAAUUUCCCAAAAAGAUGAGCAUCGGAAGAAAUCAAAUGGUGCUAAAAGAAGUAAUUAUAAUGAUGUACGUGAAAAUGUGCUGGUGUGUGGACCACCAAAGAAUGAAAAACCAGUAUCUUCCAAUCCAUUUGAUAGAAUGUAUGGAGAAAUUAAGAAAAAUCAACCAACAAAGCCAGGUUCAUUAGACCAGAUUAGACAAGCGGUAAUUGUCAAAACAGAUAAUAUGGCUACAAGUAACAAAAGAAGGGCGACAGAUACCAGAGGGACAAUCAAAGGUACCAAACGAUCCAAAGGUACCAACGAUUUGGAUCAACCAACUCCACCAACAUCCGAAAUUGUAUUGAGGAUAAUUGCAAAGACAAACAUGAACAAUGGUUAUUGUUACUUAGGAUUCGAUGAAGAACAUGAGAGAAUAUUCAGACCAAUUUUCAACACAAAUACUUGUUGUUGGCCGUUUGAGAAAGACUUCUGUUGGAAAAAAUCUUAUCGUUUUCUAGUGACCUUAAAUCCAGAUGAAGAUAAGGUCGAUUUCUUAACUCCAUAUCCACAUUGCAAUGAAGAUAUGGUAGUUACUUCAAUUGUUAAGGAAGAAAAAACAGUACCAUUCAAUGUCCAAGUUCUAAUUAGCGUAGCAAAGCUUGAUAUCAAUGAUAUUUAUUUAGAUAUCAAGGAGGAAAAAUAUUUGUUUAAUAAUGCCCAGUCACCAUCUGUGGGAAUUUUGAAAUGCAGGUCUAGAAAUGUAUCAAUAUGUUCAGACGAUCAUUCUAAAGAUAGCAGAUUUAAAAUACAUUUACCAUCAGGUCACUACGUCUUUCCAAUGAAAGGAAUUAACAUUGACGAAAUACCUAAGGUUGACAGAGAAGUGCUUGUCGUUUUUGGCCUAGGUCGACCAUACACUAAUAGAAGGUCAUUCCACCCUGCGAGAUGCUAUAUUCUAGUUGUAGGUUUAUUUGUUGUGUAAAACAUUAGUUUUACUUUGAUACUUUGAUUACAAGCUAAAUUCUUAUAUGCUUAUCAUCUCAAAAUUAAAAUAUGCAUAUCUGCCUAACCUUUCCAUAUUUUAAAUUUGCUUUGAUAAAUGAUGUUUAUUUUGUUCCAAAGUUUAUGUUUCUUUAAGUGCACUCAAAUCUCAUUUUGAAUUUUCUUUCACAUAUCUAAAAGCGAGAUUAGAUAUAUCGUUUAAAUGAUUCAAUCGAUCAAAUCAUGUUGUUGCUGAUUAUAUAACAUAUACUUACUAAUAAACUCCUCAUAUAUACAAG